CAAGACUAUACGCCACAACAAACUCUAGUUUCGAAAAUAGUCGUGGGAAAGCGAAAGGUUUCUAAAAUACCCAGAGCUGCAGAAAAAUGACGGCCUCUAAUAUCGGCAAUGGUCCGGAGAAGAAUUUCAACGCAAAAGAAGAACGAAAGCUGCGGAAACCCUUGAUAGAGAAGAGACGCAGAGAGAGGAUAAACUCAAGCCUUGAGCAGCUAAAGGGUAUUAUGGUGGAUGCCUAUAAUUUGGAUCAAUCUAAAUUGGAGAAGGCAGAUGUUCUUGAGAUAACGGUUCAGCACAUGGAGAACCUUCAAAGAGGUUCAGGUAGUAGCAUCAGUCCAGGCACUGGGUUUGAGUCUCGACAAAGAUACAGUAGCGGCUAUAUUCAGUGCAUGCAUGAGGUGCACAACCUGCUCCUGAGUUGCCCUGGGAUGGACAAAACUCUGGGUGCUCGUCUGCUAAACCACUUGCUGAAAUCUCUUCCCCAUAUCAGCACCGAAGCCGGCGGCACGAGUUCUGUUGGCACCCCUGGUCCUCUUCCUCUAUCCCCUACCCAAUCCCCUCUAAACCUGCCCUCCUUACAUCCCCAUCCUCUCCACCUGCACACCCCUCCAACUCCUUCCCCACCCUCCAGCCCCACUCACUCUCCCAGAGUCCCACCGAAUAGAGAGAGACCACGCGAACAGUCCUCUCCCCCCAGGUCUCCUUCCCCUCAGUCUCCAGCACGAUCUGCCCUUCCCCCUUUCUUUCCAGGAGCUGAUCCCUCUAUGUGGAGACCCUGGUGAAUGAAUGCAGCCCAGCCCCCCAUUUGCCCUCCCCCUGCCCUUCCUUGGCCUGCCCUCUUCUACCUAAUAGUUUCCAUUACAUUUGAUCUCUUGGGAGGUUGGAGUGCUUUCCACUCAAAGGGGUGCAUCAUAUUGAGUUACAAAGUCCCAUGGGGAUGUGGUAUCAUUUAAAGCACUGUACUGCAUGCUUGGAAGCACAUUAUGCUAUGUUCAUGUUUUGAGGGUAUGAUAACAAAUGACACCAAAGCUGCCCUCGUUGACUGUAUAUACUAGUAUUGCUGUCUUGACCACUUGUAGGGAAAGUUUAUAUUACCUUACUUUGCCUUUUCUCUCUUUUUUUUUACUAGCUGGGUUUUAGACAUGGUUUACUGUGGGUUUUAGGGGAUUUGUUGAAAUUAUGCAUGUUUCUCUACCUUAAAUGCAAAACACUAAC